AUCAUUUUAUCGUUUAUUAUAUACAUAUAAAAAAAAGAAGAAAAAAAAAAUAGUAUUCAUUUUCUAAUCGAUUUCUUGAAGAUAAUUAAAAGAAGUGAAGAUACACAUAUUGAGUUUCGCAAGCCAACCGUAGGCAUUGCAUUAUACUUAUUAGCAUGUAUUCUAAUGUAAAAUAGGGCAUAUUAAGGGGGUAGACAAUUACUAUGUGUGAUGAAAUGAGAGUAGGCGGUUUAUGGGGGUGACUGCAGACAAACGUCCGUAUACGCAUUGGCGGCUAAGCUAGAAACUUGCGGCCCCGGCGGUGGUUGUGAUUGCGGCGGCACGAUAGUGUCAUAUAAAUCAUAGUGAUUAGAUUAAUCAUGUAAAAAAUCUAAUUAAUAUUAAUAUCACAAUUUUAUUCAAUUCAUUUAUAACAAAUCCUUACCACUUAAAAAUUGUAUUACAAUAAUUUGGAAGAUAAAAAUUUAAAUUUUAUGCAAAAGGCGAUGCACGGCGGCUGUUUUUGCGGCCGUUGAGACGCCGGUAUUGGCGGCUUCAUACAAAAGCAGCCGAACUAGAUCGAGAAUUCAGUUCUCCUUUCGUGAUACGCGUUAUCAGAGAUGACCUAUCUAACUUGUCACAGCAUCCUGCUGUAUCUGUGUAUUCCGGUAUCUCGUUGAUGUUACCAAAAAAAAUUCAUUUUUUUUCCUAUAUUUAGUAACGCGUUGUAUUUUUACUUGUGUACACACGUUUCUUCCUUAUUUUUAUUCAGAUCUUUUAGUAGAAAAAACAAAAAAAAAAAAAAAAAAAAAAAAAAAAAAAAAAAAAGAAAAAAGAAGAUACAAGAAAAAAAAAGGAAGAAAAAGGAAGAAGAAAAAAAUCAAUAAAUAAAUCAAAUCAUUGAUUCUGAUUUAAUAAAAAGUAUACAGUUAAAUAUUAUAUAUCAUUUUUACGAUAAUUCUAAUUGAUUUAAGUUGAUUAAUACAACAAAAUUAGAAUGUGUUCCGUACGUAAGUGAUCUUCAAUGAUAACUAUCUUGCGAAAAAAGAAAUUAAACAACCAUGCGAUUUGGAUUAGUGAUGGUCCUAAUACUUUUCGGAUUCAUUUUGGCGGUGAAUAGCUUGAAAUUUCUAAAUUAUAAUAUUCCGAAUGAUAAAAAACCACCAAGAGAUAGAGAAAUACGUGGUUAUAGACCACCCCAAAUGUCUACUUCCAUUGGAGUAGGAUAUGGUAAAAGAGAUGGAUCUACGGAAAUUUCUAAUCUUAACAAACGAGAUAGAGUACUCAUGUUACUUCUUCGUUAUUUUCCACAAGGAUUUACUCCUGAAUUAAUAUUACGAGAAAUGAAAGCAAAUCCUGUUUUUGCUGGAAAAUUAACAGAAAUGAUAAUCAACGACGAAAAUGGUCAAACGCGAAUUGGAGAACAAUUACAACCAAAAGGAACCAUAUUCGUAUUUUAAACUCUAUAUUGACGAACAUCUAACUAAAAUAUACAAAUUUUUGGCGAUAAAUUUCAAUUCAAUAUCUUAAACACUUCAAAAUUGGAUUUUAUUAUUAAUAAUAAUAAUAAUAAUACUGAUAAUAAUAAUAAUAAUAAUAAUAAUAAUAAUAAUAAUAAUAAUAAUAAUAAUAAUAAUAAUAAUAAUAAUAAUCAUCAUCAUCAUAACAAUAACAAAAACAACAACAACAACAACAAUAUAAUAAUAAUAAUAAUAUUAAUAACAACAACAAUAUAAUUAUGAACUUUUAUUGCUGUAUAAUAUACUAGCCUGUCAAAUCAAUUGUCGCCAAAAUUUGUUAAAAUUUAAAUUUACUUCCUUUUGUAUUAUUCCAUCCUUAUGUCAUCUAAUGAAUUAUUCAACAUGCUUUAUUAAUCAUUUCAUUUAAAAUAAAAGUUAUUGUUGAAUGAAAAUUGUAGUUCUGUCAAUAAAACAUUACAUAUUUACUUUAUUAUCGGUUGUCGAUAAUAUAAUAAAUGAUUUUAUCUAUAGCGAAACGAAAGGGUAUACAUUGUCAAUAAAAAAGGAAAUAAAAAUGUCGAAAGAUCAUAUUUAAUUAAAUAAAAAUCU